GAAAGCGUAAAAAAUCACAAACCGCCUGAAAUGAAUUUGAGGGUUUUCUACAAGAGCCUGAUGUUUUUACUGGGGUUUUUCUCAGUCCAAACAAAGGCAGAAAGAGAAGUGAACGUAGCAACAUGGGGCACAGCCAAUCAGUCGACAUUAGCUUACAACUGGAGUGCCUCAAACGCUCUGGAUGGGUUGAGCUCCACCUGCACUCAUACACAGACGCAGACUGACCCGUGGUGGAUGCUGGACCUGAUGAAGACCUACAGCGUGAACAGAGUGACCAUCACUAACAGACUGAGCUGCUGUGGAGACAGGAUAAAUGGGGCAGAGAUCAGGAUUGGAAACAAUUCUACAGCUCUUUUGAGCAACCCGGUAUGUGCUGUAGUUUCUUCUAUUCCAGCUGGAGUUACCUACAGCUACUUGUGUCGUGGGAUGAAUGGACGCUAUGUUACUGUGAAUAUUCCUGGCAAUGUAAAGAUUCUUACUCUCUGUGAAGUGGGAGUCUAUGUGAUCUCAGAUAAUUUAGCAACAGGAAAAACAGCGGUGCAGUCAUCAACGUAUGGCCUCUGGUACGCUAAACAAGCCAUUGACUUCAAUCCUGGUUUCAGAAAUCCAUGGCCAGCAUGUUCCUCAACCAAUAUUCAGACUAACCCAUGGUGGAGGCUUGAUCUGGGCUCUGUGUACAGAGUUAAUAGAGUCGUCGUCACAAACAGACUAGACUGCUGUCCAGAACGAAUAAACAGAGCUGAGAUACGUAUUGGAAACUCUUUGGAGAACAACGGCAACAAUAAUCCCAGAUGUGCUGUGAUUCCUAGUAUUCCAGCUGGCGCUUCCUCCACCUUCACAUGUAACGAUAUGGAGGGUCGAUACGUCAAUCUGUUCAUUCCUGUAAAUUCACAGUAUCUUACUCUUUGUGAGGUGGAGGUCUAUGGAGAAGACGACACUUGUGAAGAAGGAACUGAAUUCUGAGUCUGUCUGAAACUCCAGCUCCAGUCACAGGUGAGAGAGACAGACAUGCAGAAGUAUGAACAUCACGUCACACUGAUAAGAGAUCUGCUCAUUCACUUUCAGUCUGUUCUGGUGGAAAGAGGCUUUUCUGACGCCGCGCUGCUGUGAUCUCAACCACAGGAAAAGGAAGUGAUGUUGAAGGAAGCUGCGCCAAGUCAAUGCGUUCAUACAGGCAC